UGUUUGUGGGUUAUGAUAAAGUUUUGAAGAAUGUGACGUCAGUUUCAAGAUGGCGGCGCCCCAGUCCACGAUGAAAUUCUGGAAACCCGGAGCCGAUGCUCCGGGUAUUUCGGAGGAGCGUGAGCUAACGACCGAGACCACUGGCUCCCCAGUUAUUUACAACCCGCACACUGCGCUGUCCAUCGAGAAGCAGCGACAGAAUCUUCCCGUUUUUAAGCACAGAAACAAUAUCCUCUAUCUCUUGGAGAGCUAUCAGACAGUGAUCAUUGUUGGAGAGACAGGAUGUGGGAAAAGCACACAAAUACCUCAGUACCUCUUAGAGGCAGGUUGGGCCGCAGAAGGAAAGGUGAUAGGGGUGAAACCUCGGAGAGUGGCAGCUACAUCUGUGGCCAACCGCGUGGCAGAGGAACGCGGGGCACUGCUCGGGCACGAGGUUGGCUACACCAUCAGGUUUGAUGACUGCUCUGACCCCAAUGCCACUCGAAUAAAGUUCCUGACAGAUGGGAUGUUGGUAAGGGAGAUGAUGGCAGAUCCUCUGCUAAAGAAAUACAGUGUCCUUAUGUUGGAUGAGGCUCACGAAAGAACAUUGUACACAGACAUCGCCAUUGGACUCUUGAAAAAGAUUCAGAAGAAGCGGAGGGACUUACGAGUGAUCGUUGCAUCUGCUACCCUGGAUGCCAAGAAAUUUCAGGAGUUCUUCAAUCUGAAU